UGCCCCUCCCGGGCGGGCGCGCGGCCGGCCCGAGGGGCGGUCCCUGGGCUCCCGCUCGCCGCCGCCGCUCCUCGUUCUGCUCCUCACUCCCCAGCGGCUGGAGGCCGGUACCGGCGGGCAGGAGGCGCCCGAGGAUGUGCUGCUGGCCGCUGCUCCUGCUGUGGGGGCUGCUCCCCGAGGCGGCGGCGGGGGGCUCAGGCCGAACCUACUCGCACCGGACCCUCCUGGACUCGGAGGGCAAGUACUGGCUGGGCUGGAGCCAGCGGGGCAGCCAGAUAGCCUUCCGCCUUCAGGUGCGCACUGCAGGCUACGUGGGCUUCGGCUUCUCGCCCACCGGGGCGAUGGCGUCCGCCGACAUCGUCGUGGGCGGCGUGGCCCACGGGCGGCCCUACCUCCAGGAUUAUUUUACAAAUGCAAAUAGAGAGUUGAAAAAAGAUGCUCAGCAAGAUUACCAUCUAGAAUAUGCCAUGGAAAAUAGCACACACACAAUAAUUGAAUUUACCAGAGAGCUGCAUACAUGUGACAUAAAUGACAAGAGUAUAACGGAUAGCACUGUGAGAGUGAUCUGGGCCUACCACCAUGAAGAUGCAGGAGAAGCUGGUCCCAAGUACCAUGACUCCAAUAGGGGCACCAAGAGUUUGCGGUUAUUGAAUCCUGAGAAAACUAGUGUGCUGUCUACAGCCUUACCAUACUUUGAUCUGGUAAAUCAGGACGUCCCCAUCCCAAACAAAGAUACAACAUAUUGGUGCCAAAUGUUUAAGAUUCCUGUGUUCCAAGAAAAGCAUCAUGUAAUAAAGGUUGAGCCAGUGAUACAGAGAGGCCAUGAGAGUCUGGUGCACCACAUCCUGCUCUAUCAGUGCAGCAGCAACUUUAACGACAGCGUUCUGGAGUCCGGCCACGAGUGCUAUCACCCCAACAUGCCCGAUGCAUUCCUCACCUGUGAAACUGUGAUUUUUGCCUGGGCUAUUGGUGGAGAGGGCUUUUCUUAUCCACCUCAUGUUGGAUUAUCCCUUGGCACUCCAUUAGAUCCUCAUUAUGUGCUCCUAGAAGUUCAUUAUGACAAUCCCACUUAUGAGGAAGGCUUAAUAGAUAAUUCUGGACUGAGGUUAUUUUACACAAUGGAUAUAAGGAAAUAUGAUGCUGGGGUGAUUGAGGCUGGCCUCUGGGUGAGCCUCUUCCAUACCAUCCCUCCAGGGAUGCCUGAGUUCCAGUCUGAGGGUCACUGCACUUUGGAGUGCCUGGAAGAGGCUCUGGAAGCCGAAAAGCCAAGUGGAAUUCAUGUGUUUGCUGUUCUUCUCCAUGCUCACCUGGCUGGUAGAGGCAUCAGGCUGCGUCAUUUUCGAAAAGGGAAGGAAAUGAAAUUACUUGCCUAUGAUGAUGAUUUUGACUUCAAUUUCCAAGAGUUUCAGUAUCUAAAGGAAGAACAAACAAUCUUACCAGGAGAUAACCUAAUUACUGAAUGUCGCUACAACACGAAAGAUAGAGCUGAGAUGACUUGGGGAGGACUAAGCACCAGGAGUGAAAUGUGUCUCUCAUACCUUCUUUAUUACCCAAGAAUUAAUCUUACUCGAUGUGCAAGUAUUCCAGACAUUAUGGAACAACUUCAGUUCAUUGGUGUUAAGGAGAUCUACAGACCAGUCACGACCUGGCCUUUCAUUAUCAAAAGCCCCAAGCAAUAUAAAAACCUUUCUUUCAUGGAUGCUAUGAAUAAGUUUAAAUGGACUAAAAAGGAAGGUCUCUCCUUCAACAAGCUGGUCCUCAGUCUGCCAGUGAAUGUGAGAUGUUCCAAGACAGACAAUGCUGAGUGGUCGAUUCAAGGAAUGACAGCAUUACCUCCAGAUAUAGAAAGACCCUAUAAAGCAGAACCUUUGGUGUGUGGCACGUCUUCUUCCUCUUCCCUGCACAGAGAUUUCUCCAUCAACUUGCUUGUGUGCCUUUUGCUACUCAGCUGCAUGCUGAGCACCAAGAGCUUGUGAUCAAAAUUCUGUUGGACUUGACAAUGUUUUCUAUGAUCUGAACCUGUCAUUUGAAGUACAGGUUAAAGACUGUGUCCACUUUGGGCAUGAAGAGUGUGGAGACUUUUCUUCCCCAUUUUCCCUCCCUCCUUUUUCCUUUCCAUGUUACAUGAGAGACAUCGAUCAGGUUCUCUUCUCUUUCUUAGAAAUACCUGAUGUUAUAUAUACAUGGUCAAUAAAAUAAAACUGGCCUGACUUAAGAUAACCAUUUUUAAAAAUUGGACUGUCAUGUAGGAAUAAAAGAAUUAUUUAUUUCCUACUACAUUCUGUUUUAUUUAAAUACUCAUUGUUACUAUUUCACUUUUUGACUUGACUUUUAUAUUUCCUACUACAUUCUGUUUUAUUUAAAUACUCAUUGUUACUAUUUCACUUUUUGACUUGACUUUUAUAUUUCUUUAAAAAAUUCCUUCCUUUUAAAAAAUAUAAAAGGGACUACUGUUCAUUCCAGUUUUUUUCUUCUUUCUUGUUCUUCUAGUGUGACUUUUCAAGUGUAACAGCCAUUCUUCCUGACUUUAACAUUGUCCAGUUCUGGUCUUUUCUGUGAAUUACCACUGGGCCCCUUACCUCAAUGCUUUUUGUUGAUGCCCACUCUGGUUCCCUUGUUUAUCUGAGUCUGUUGGUACCCCAAAUGACCCCACACCCAUCUUAAAGUACUUUUUUUCACCUUCCCUGUUUAGUACUGGCCAGAUGAGUUUUUUCUAGAGCUCUGUCACUCUCUGAAAAGAAAGAGGCUAUGGGAAACAUAGAAAUGGCAUGUAUUAAUAACUGAUCAUAGGCUGAGGAGAAAAAGUGUAGCUGGCUGCAAACCCAGUGCUGUGAGGGGACUUGUAUGAGGUUCCAGAACAAAGACAGACCGUGUGAGCCAGUCCAGGAGAGUGUAAGUUCUGAAUGGUUCCUUGCUGACUGUUGGGUGACACAUGUACCACAUACUGGCUCAAUUUAAGUCAUGGUUCUAUUGUAGAUUUAUUUUUAUAUUAGUUAAUAAAUGACUUUAAAUUGUCACCAAUUGAAAAUCUUGUCACUCUUUUGGUUUUCUUUAUAUAGCUCAGCCAAAUCUUGUUUUAUGUCCUGUCCUCAUCUCUUAAGCUAAAUCUGUUUGGAUCAUAUUAAUAAACUAAAUGAAAUUACA